AUGGUUGACAAUAAUCGUGGUGACGAAGUGAGAGGUAUAGACAAUCCAGCUGCAACCGAAGAAAAUGAAAUUGAAAUGCAGCGAGAUGUAGUAAUAAGAGUGCAACCUUCAUCUGGUGAUAUACAACUGCCGGUAUCGACAAUUGACUGGCAGUCUAAUCCUCGCGGCCAAUUCAUACUCGUCCAAGGAUUAGAUUUUCUCAUUGGAGUCAGCAAACUGCUCAUCCAACAGACGGUGGAAUUAGAUGACUUAACAUCAAGAAUCGAAUCAGAAAACAGAUACAUUGUACGAGUGCCUAAUGGUGAAGCCUUAUAUUUCGCCAACGAGACUUCUACCUCUACACAGCGAUGUCUGUGUGGCACGGGGCGAGCAUUCGUCAUGCGCCUUCAUGAUAACACUAGGCAAGAGGCUCUGGUGUUACACAGAAGACUGGCUUCGUCAUCUUGCUGUUUUCCUUGCAGAUUACAAGAGAUGACGGUCACAGUGCCUCCAGGUGACCCCGUGGGUCGCAUCCAACAACAGUGGACGUGGAUGGUGCCUUUUUUCCUGGUGCGAGACGCGAGUGACCGAGUGUUGUUCGUCAUAGAAGGACCUGCAGUUUUUAGGCGGAGUGCAUUGAUUUCGUCGGUGUUCCGAAUAAUGUCUGGUGACUCCUUACUCGAGAUGGGUAGGAUAGUCCACGCUUGGGACACUGAGCUGGUGAGCUUCACAACUACAGUGGAUAUGCCAAACGUCGCUGUACAACCAAAACACAAGGCUCUUCUCUUAGCUGCUGGCUUCCUUUUGGAAUACACCUACUUUGAAAGAGCGAAUAGCAAAUUCAGAAACUGUUCGUGUUUUUAA